AUGGCGGGAGCGCGUUCCGAGUUCGGGCGUUCGACACGACACCGAACAGAAGAAACGAUCCGAUCCCCGCUGCGUUCUUCGCGCUUUGUGCUACCCGCGCUUUUCAUGGCCAAGCCGCUGUCCGACGUCGUCGUUCUCGAUCUUUCCAGAGUGCUGUCCGGUCCUUUUGCAACCCAGCAACUGAUCGAUCUCGGCGCCACCGUUACAAAGAUCGAACACCCCACGAAUGGGGACGAUACGCGGCGAUUCGGUCCGCCUUUCCUCGGUGACGAGUCGACGUACUUCAUCAGCAUCAACCGCGGAAAACGAAGCGUGGCGGUCGACCUCAAACAAGAACGCGGUAAAAAGGUCGUUUGGGAUCUCGCGAUGAAGGCCGACGUCAUCAUCGAGAACUUUCGACCCGGAACCGCGACCCGCCUCGGCCUCGGUCAUGACGCGCUCCGCGAAAAACGCCCGGAACUCAUCACGUGUUCGAUCAGCGGCUACGGCACGGCCGGAGACGAGCGAUACGAAGGACUGCCGGGCUACGACGCGGUGCUGCAAGCCGUCACCGGGCUCAUGUCAUUGACCGGUGAACCGGGCGGAGAACCAACAAAAGUUGGUGUCGCGAUCUCGGACAUGGUCGCGGGCCUCUACGCCGCCCAGGGCAUUCUCGCCGCGCUCUACGAACGGAAGGCCACGGGUGUCGGUCGCCACGUGGAAGUAUCGAUGCAAGACGCAAUCGCGUCGCUGCUGACUUACCAAGCAGGCAUCUACUUCGCGACGGAUCGAAAUCCUGCUCGAAUGGGCAACGCUCACCCGUCAAUCUGCCCGUACGAAACGGUCGAAACGAAAGACGGACUCUACGCGCUCGCCGUUGGCAACGACGCGCAGUUCGGUCGCCUUCUCGAAAAGAUGCAGCUCACCUCGCUCGCGGAAGAUUCGCGCUUCGUGACGAAUCGCUCACGUGUCGAAAACCGAGCGGCCCUCAUGGCGCAGCUGUGCCCUGUCUUCAAACAGCACACGCGCGGAGAAUGGGACGCGAUGUUGCGCGAUGCAAACGUCCCCGGUGGACCCGUGCUCGAAGUGAGUCAGGCGCUCGAACAUCCACAGCUCAACGCGCGCGGCUCGAUCCUCGAACACGAUCACCCGACGGCGGGAAAGGUCCGGACGAUCGCCAGCGCACCGCGCUUCGAUGGCGAGGCCCCGAUAGCCGUCGCUCCGCCGCCUCGACUCGGUGAACACACGUCCGAAGUCCUCAAGGAAACGCUGGGGUACGACGACGCGACGAUCGCAGAACUCAUGCAGGCAUCGGUCAUUCGAGGUUCGGAAACCUGA